AUGGAUAACUUUGAGCAACACAACGAGGUUUCUACAUCAUAUAACAACAUUGCGAAGCAAGAUUUUUACGAAUACAUCGAAGUUGAUUACCUGGAAAAACCUAAAGAAGCGCCUAAAGAUUACAACGUUUACAUGCAAAAAAAUUACAGACUGAAAGACGAACCAGUGAACCAGAAUUUGAAUACACCUUUUUCAGUCAAAGAUAUUUUAAGUACAAAUCAACCCCCGAAUUACUACGAACGAUGCGAUUGGAAAAACGAAAGAGACCGAAAGGGUUACGAAUAUGAACAAAUGUAUCAUCAGAAUCAGAGUUACUGUCCACCUGAAUACUUCAGCCAAGUCUACUCCAACAUGCCCGUGCAUGCCAACGUAGAGCCUUAUUGGAAUCAAGACGCCUAUCACGAAACAAAAAUUGACGAGUAUUACAAUUAUAAUCCUUACUGCCAUAAUUUCUAUCACCAGAACUAUGAACAGUAUUCUGAUUAUAUGAUACCAACUCAUCACGUGGGGAUGGAAGGGAAGAUGGAGGACAGGCAGAUGCCUCCACUGGUGGAGAAGAGAACGGAGACUGACGAUAUGUCACCACUGAAGCCUACGCCACCUGUGAAACCUCUGAACCACUUCGAUAAAUUGGAGACGUCACCGAGGAAAAUCACAAAAACUCCAUCGAACAACAAAGUAGAUCGAAGAGACAAAAACGUGAAGAGGAAGCCGCGGAUCCUGUUUUCCCAAGCUCAAGUCCACGCUUUGGAGAUCAGGUUCCGAGCGCAGAGGUACCUGACCGCCCCAGAGCGGGAGCAACUGGCCAAGUCCUUGAAUCUUUCCCCAACACAGGUGAAAAUAUGGUUUCAAAACAGAAGAUACAAGAGCAAAAGGAUCAAAUCGCCCGAAGUAUCGACAUCCACUGAUGCUAAAAUUCCCAAGACUACUGGAAGGAAACUUUUCAAACCUGAAGAUCGAGAAGCCCAACCUGUACCUAAUUAUCAGUUCCAUAAGCCUGAAAUCUCCAUGGACAGUAAUGAUAACUUGACUUCUACUAUUUACUUCGACGAUAGUUUAACCUAUGACGAUAACACUACUGUAAAAUAUUACGCCAACAAACAUUUAGAUGCAAUCGAUGACCCAAAUGUACAUAAUUUUAAAAACAAAAACAUAUAUCCUAACAUUGAUGAGACAAAGACCAUGUUUAAUGAUGAUCAAGACUGCAAGAAAUAUUAUCCCGUUAAUUACGUUUGUUCAUAA